CGCGACACACCAGCAGCAGCACCCCGAAUCAGCCAGAUCCACAUCCAGGCCGGCCAGAUCGACCGCUGUCUCAAGCGCACCGACCGAGCAAGCCAUUCGACUGACAGCCGAAGCAGCCAGCUCGCUCUCAGCCACCCACUCCCGCUGCCCCAUCCACAGCCUCGAUUCGCCUCGCACGCACACGACCAGCCAUGCUCUGGAAAUCGCUGCUUCCGUCGACCCGUCCGGCUGUCUCGCCGCUUGCCUCCAGCACGAUCGCUCGCGGGUUCUCGAGCUCGGCGCCGGCAGCAUCAAAGAUCGGCCGCCUGCCUCUGAAAUAUCCAUUCGAGGUCAGCAUCAAGCUGGAGCCCUACACACCCACGGCAGCCUUCCCGAGAUGCACCCAGCAGGUCGUCGUGGCGGGGCCGCGAGGCUCCCUUGCGAUGCCCGUGCAUCCGUUCGUUCAACUGGACUUUGUGGACGUCCCGCAGGAUGCUCCGAAAAAGAUCAUCCGGGUCUCGGUCGAGAACACCAACGACCGCAAGCAAAAGGCCAUGUGGGGCACAACACGGGCCCUACUCAACAACAUGGUCGAGGGAGUCUCGGAGGGCUUCACGAUCCCGAUCCGAUUCAACGGCGUCGGCUACAGAGCGCUGUUUGAAGAGGGCAAGCUGUCGCUAAAGCUGGGCUUCUCGCACCCGAUCCUGCUGGACAUCCCCAAGACGAUCCAGGUGCAGAUUCCGGCUCCCCAGCGCAUCAUUCUGCAGGGCAACGAUCUCCAGGAAAUCACCCAGUACGCCGCCAAGAUCCGCGCAUGGCGGCCCCCGGAGCCCUAUAACCAGAAGGGCGUUUUUGUCGGCGACGAGACGAUCAAGAAGAAGGAGGGCAAGAAGCGAUAAGCAAUGAGGAGGUUCGCCGACGGCACCAUCCAGAUGAACACUAUAUUUCAUGUACUCACUCUGCACGUUGCAGCCACAGCCACGGCCAUGACCCUACUCGCCCGGGCAUGAUACUUUCCAUGCGGAAACAAUGGGCUGUUGCCUGGGGGCCCGUCGCUGCAGUCAUUGGCUGGAAAUACAAAUUCCUGGACGCACUCGCCAUUGACACCGACCCCGGCGAGGUCGAGGUCCAAGACCCGCUGCGAGGGAAGCUCGUGUCUGAGACUGCACAAGAAUCGGCAUUAUUGUGAACCGAUGGGCUGGUGCGACGGCGGAUUGGCGAGCCGGUUUGCAGAUGGAUCGAUGGGCAGCGGCUGGAAGCUCUUCGAGACAGGACUGUAUGUGUUGAGCGAUCGCCCGGCUGAGCGAUAUCGAUCGGCGCUCUCGCUGUUGGAAUGGGGCCGGUCGAUGAGAUAUCAAGCG